ACGGUGAGAGAGAGACACCGGCACCAGACAUCAACGUGUUCCAGAGAUUUCACUCCACCAGAAGGUCAACCACGCGAAAUACCCCCCUCCGCUUGUUCUGCAAGACCUUCGUCCCUGUCCUCUCUCUUCUUCGGAGACGCGUCAGCUCUCCGAAGAGCGCGUCCUUGCGCCACACUCUGUCUGUGUUAUCCAAAUUCCACGAAAACAGCCGCUCCCCAUCCCCUGUUAUUCGCCUUCUGAUUUGUCUCGACCGCCUCUGGAAAGAUGGCGGGUCCCCGAUCUCCUCUCCGCUUUGUUCUUCUUCUCUCUCUACUUGCACUGAAAGUCUUCGUCGACUCUCCUUCAGUGCUUCCCGCGCUCGCGGGCGAGUCUGCGGCUGACUUGUCCACUUCCAUUGACGACGAUGACUUCGACAGUUCCUCGGGUGUCGCGGUCCCCAGCUUGACCACCGAGCAGGAAGUGCACCGGACCCAAGAGGCUCUCGAUCCGGAGGUGGUUGACCUCGGAAAGCCCAGUCCGUACGCAGAGGAGGAGAGCGGGAUUCUGGCGGCGUCUGCGUCGCGACUGAACUUCAGUCCGAUGAUGGCGCUGAAGAGUUUCUUCCACAUGGGAGGCGAGACAGGCGCCCCAGGCCACAGAUCCCGCAUCGACGUUGUCAAAAACGCGGCUAUGGACCACGUCCACCGUCUCCUGCAGAUGCUGCGCGAGUCGAGUGAGGAUGAAGAAGAACGGCUCCUCUUUGCUGACAGAAGAGAAAAGAAAGUCAUCACUGUUAAUGAGUGGUACACCACGACGGUCGCCGCCACGAUGCUCGGCAGGCGGCCCACAGACGAAGACGCUAUCCUCGUCAGUGCACCUGCGACGAGUCGCCCAAACGUUCGCAUAAAAGCUGUAUUCGACGGCCAUGCAGGGGAGGCCACCUCCCAGUACUGCGCCAAGCACGCCGCCAAACACUUGGGGAAGCUCUCCGAGUUCACCUUCGCGGAAGUGAAGAAAGCGUGUCUCUCUCUGGACGCUGAGAUCAUCCGAAAGCUGGGACCGAAGCACGUUGCAGGGUCCACAGGCAUCAUCGUCGCGAUCGAGCGUCUCAGCGCACCUGUGGUCGAGAACGUUGUGGGGCGGGAGAUCGUUCCUCGUGCUCACGAAGAAACGUUCGUGCCUCUGGAGAAGCUGAUUCAAGAGGAAGAGGAGGCAGAACAUCCGGAGCUUGUCGGCCGCUACCCCCGCGUCCCCGACGUGCAGCAAAAGACGAUUCCUGCAGGCUCUUUCCUCGUCACCGCCAUCAACAUAGGCGAUUCGAGAGCGACGCUGAUCCACAGUGACGGAGGACUGACGCGACUGUCGAAAGAUCACAAGCCGAACCAUCCGACUGAGGCCUCUCGCAUCGAGAAGGCCGGGGGGUCUGUCGAAACGUUCGACGUCCCUCGCGUGGACGGUGUUCUGGCGCUUUCACGAGCCUUCGGAGACUCUGACUUCAAAAUGAAUCCCAACCUUCCUCCAGAAGAGCAGAAGGUCAUUGCCGUUCCAGACGUCAGGCAGUUCUACGCGCUGUCGAGCGAUCUUCUCUUGCUGGCGUGCGAUGGUGUGUAUGAACCAAGCGGCAUGGACUGGGCGUAUGUUCGAGACCUCACUGUUGCUGAGAUGCAGAGGUCAAAGGGGGAUUUGGAGGAGGUGGCGGCUCGCGUGAUGGAUUACGCCUAUGACAUGAAUUCUCAGGAUAACAUCAGCGUCAUGCUCGUUGCUUUCCAUAACCAAGAAGUUGAACACCCUACUGCUGUCUACAAGGUCGUCUCUGGCCAAGGUGUAGUUCUGUCGGAGACACGACGGCCGAGCGACGCGGAGGACGACAGCGUCGAGGGCGACACAGUUUCCCUGUUUUAGAUGGGACUUGACUUUUGUUGACUGUGAACGACAGUGAAGAUC